AUAUAGAUAUACGCUUUAAUAAAUGGUGAAGUUUUAAGUUUGUAAACGCCGAUCACGCGGUAAAUACUAUAGGGUUAUGUGAAUUUUAUCCUUGAAUUUGCCACGAUUUGCGUGCAAAUAUAUUCGCGGCUUUAAUAAUUAAUAAAAAAGCCGCGAUAAAAAUGUUCAUUUUUGACGUUCUACGAAAGGACAAAGUGUACCAGGUUAUUGUUAGUGAUCUACGAAGAUUUGGUGUCAAGUAUCGCCAUAAGAAGAAUGCAUCAGUGAAAACGGAUAAACCGGAAAGAAAUGGCAAUCAACCACAGAAGAUCUUCAAAGUACAUUUAACAUGUCUUCCACUGGAUCUUGUGAAUUUAUCGUCGGGGGCGAUGGUUCAUAUUCCAAUAUUCGUCAUACAAGCGACGGCCUAUCUUUUGAAUUAUAUCGAUUUAGAGGGAAUAUUUAGAAAAGCGGGUUCGAAAAUUCGUCAAAGAGAAAUAUUAUCUCGACUUGAUAAUGGUGGUUGUUUGGCGGAUAAAGAUCAUGGAAUUGACAUUGCUAAUUGCUUAAAGACAUUCUUUCGUGAUCAACCUGAGCCAUUGAUACCAUUUUAUUUUCACGAUUUAUUUGUACGUUGUGUUGUAUUGAAAAAAAAUCGUAUCGAAGCAUUACUUAUGGCUUGUUUAUUAUUGCCACCAAUACAUCUCAAUACAUUGGCAUUUCUUAUGGAAUUUUUGAAAAAAGUCGCAUCAUACGAACAACUCAAUAGAAUGAGUAUUGUUAAUUUAGCAACUGUCGUUGGACCAAAUAUUAUGCCAAUAAAAGAAGCUACAAUGGGCGCUAUUCAAAGUCGAUUAGAGACACAUAAUUUAGUUGUUCAGCUACUGAUUGAAAAUGCUGAAAAAAUUGGUGUUUUACCCGAUCAUAUUACAGAGACAAUUUCCGCUGAAUGUGAAAUUGGUAGUACGGAAAAUGAGCUUGAACGUUCCGAUAAUAAUUUAACAAAAAGUAAAAAGAAAAAACAUCGAAGCGGAAGCUUCACACGUAAGCCACAUCUAAGUGCUUCGAAUCUCAAUUUAAGAAUGUUAAGUGGAUUAAAGAAAAUGGUGGGCAAAACUUCUCCCCAUGAUGGUGAACCAGUUUGUGAAGGAUCGAAUUCGGUUUUUUUAUACACUCCUUCCCUGAGAAUAGGGAAAAGACGCAAAGUGGAAGCAGUAAAUGAUGAAUUAAAUAUAAAGAAAGAAAAUGAUUUAUUGGAAGUCAUGCCUGAAAGAUUUCCCCUUCGCUCACGUUACUUGUUACACUCCCCAGUUAAUAAUCAUCCAAACCCUAUAAAAGACGGAACUCCGACUCAUAUGUCCAGAGUGGAUAAAUUUAUAUCCAGUCGUAAAGUUCCUACAGAAAUAAAACCCAUAAAUAAGACGGAAAAAACAAAGAAAAUAAGACUUAGCUUUGAUAGAUUUGUCUCACGAACUAGACAAAAAACAUCAGAAGCGGAACAUAUUAUAGAAAAUGAUAAACCACUAACAAGAAGACGAAGUUGGAGUAUAACUGGACGACCAAUAUUAUCAUCAUCAUCAUCAUCGUCCGAAUUAAAGAAAAAACGUCGAAGCGAUUGUUCAACAAAUCGUUCGCUAUCGCGUGAAACAAAAAUUCCAAAAUUAAAUUCAGAAAAAGAAUACGAUGAAAUAUUCAUGGACGCUAAUAUUAAUUUAUCGGACAUAAGUGGCGAGCCGGCCUCGCGUGAUAAAUGUAAAUCAACGCGUAUUAUUGCCACAAGAUCAAGUACAUCUGACAUUCCAAAUAAAAUUUCCAAAGAUAAUAAUUCAAUUUUAUAUUCGACUAAUACAAGUGAUUAUGUUUCUCAUAAUGAAUCUUCAUCAAUUAAUGAUUCAUUAACGACUGAUGAUUUAGAAAAAAAUACUAACAAAAAUGAAGAAUAUGUAAAAGUUCCAAAAAGUGAAUAUUUGGAUAUUAAAAAACGUGUCUCAGCUAUUGAAACACAAAUAUCACAAGAAUUUGGUACAUUUGCUAAGGAAUCGAUAAAUAAUUUAAGAAGAAGAAAUUCCGUCGAUACAGUACAAAGUGAAUAUGAAAAAACAUUGGAACAAUCAAAUAUUGGAAAUACAAUGAAUGCUGAUCAACUUGCAAAGAGACUUGGCAAAGAAUUGAAAAUUCGACGAUCAAGUGAACAUAAAAUUAUUCGUUCACCAAGUGCGAGAAAAAUUGGCGUUCUUAGACGAAGAUCACAGGAAAAGCCAAUCAGCAAACGAAUAAAACGUACAUCAUCGUGGCACGUUUCUGAUCGAACUGAUUCAUUGCGACGAUCAACAUUAAAUAAUUUUUACACAAAUACAAAAGAUAAUCAAAAUUUAAUGAAAUCAAAUGAUCUGGGUGUUGCUGCAUUAGAAACGGAAACAUUUUGCAGCGAAGAAACAAAUAAAAGACUUAAUUAUUUACAAGAUCAAUUAUUAACAUUAAUUGAUCACACUAAUAAACAUACUAAAGGUUCAUUUAGUGAUGAUGAUUUUAGUUCAAAUGAUAAUCAUACACUAAAUGGUAAUAAAUUAAAUUUGAGUACAAAAGUAAGAAGAAUCUCAUCUUUCCAUGGAAAUGAAUUUAUCGAUAAUUCACAAUAUUUUAAUCGAAUGGUGAAAGAUUUAAAAAAAUCAUCGAAUAUUGUCAAUAAUGAAGUAACACCAGCGAAAACCAAUUUACCCUCGGAUAAAAAGGAUAAAGUUAUGUCGUGGAAAGAUGCCGAAAAAUACUUUAAAUCUGAAGGACAAAUACCGACUCCAGUUCCAGUGACGGGUCGUGCGUCUGUUGCCAAAUUACGAACACAAAAUGCCGGUAUGGUAUUGGCAAAGGCAAAAUUGUUUGACGACACAAAACGAACUCCAAUUCAAUGUGAAGUUGCUAAUGAUAGGAGAAUUUCACAUUAUCAGGGACGUGAAACAAGACGUCAAUCAAUGCGUUCAAAGGAAAUAAAAAAUCUCACUACUGUUGAUAUUACCGAUAGUCCACGACGUGUUGCUCUUCGUCGUAAAAAAAGUGAAAGUCCAAAAAAUCCCAGUGCCAAAGUACGAAUAACAAAAUCGCCAAAUUCUAUUAAAAUGGAAUUAACCCUCGUUCAAAAUCAUGAUUCAUCGCCACAUCAUCAUAAUAGAAAAUGUACAAAUACAACAAAACGCACAUUAAAUUAUCAAAAGGAAAAUCAUGCAACAUUGAAUUUACAUACACCAAUGAGAAAGGAUUCACUAAUUAUUCACGAAUCAAAUGUUGAUAAUAGUGCAAUUUAUAAGACGCCAUUGAUUAAAAAACCCUUAGCUGUUGUUCGUACACCAAAAAGUGGUAAACCAUUAACACGAAGGCCAGCAAUUGACGUUAAACGUACACCAUUGAAAGCAAUUGGACCACUUGCCACUCCAAAACGACAGAGUCCGCGGAGUAUAUUAAAAACAUCACAUUUAACUGCUAGACGUUUUAGUUAAAAAAAAAAAAAACUAACUUCUAUUCAUGUACAGGUUUAAUUCUUUAAGAAACAAAAUAAUGUUUCAGUGUGAUUUACUUUUUUUUAUAAUAUAUUAUUUUUUUAUACAUAUACAUAUAUAUAUAUAUAAUAUUUAAAAUUCCUCGCGAAAAAAAGACAAAGCUUU